CUCGUAGCGCGGACCAUGAGGAACACGAGCAAGGAACGGCAGGGCGCCGCCUUCCACCGCUACGCUCCCUGCGAUUGGUACUACCACCACCCCGGGAAGCGCUCCGAGAAGGCCGUGGAUGUCCCGCCAGCGUCCCAGAUCCCGGGUCUCAGCCACUGGGCAGAAUCACAUGACGGCAGCGCUCUUGGGACUCGGAGAUACUGGAUAAAAGAAACAGACUCCGAGUACAUGAAGCUCGCGAAACAAGGCGGCAGGCCCGAUUUGUUGAUGCACUUUGCCCCCGCGACCAGGAAAGGCUCCCCGGUUGCCUACUCCAUGCCGGAUUGGUAUAUCCACCACAGCAAGCCACCGACGGCCGACCAGCGGGAAGUGCCUGCGAUCUCCAUGCCAGAUUACAUGGUUUAUGAAGAAUUUAACCCUGAUCACGCCAACGGUGGCUUUGAAUCCAGAAGAGGGCCCUUCAACUUCGACAUGAAAACGGUUUGGCAAAGAGAGGCUGAGGAACUUGAAAAGGAGAAAAAAAAGGUGAGGCUACCAGCCAUCAACUCAAAGUAUCCAAGCAAAGUGGAGACCCCACUUGGCCCUAAAGACCCUGAAGGAAGUAGACUCUCCUUCCCUCCAAUGCCUGGCCAGAAAACCAGUUCACCAACAAACUUCUCCAAACUUAUUAGCAAUGGUUAUAAGGAUGAGUGGUUACAGCAGCAGCGAGCUGACUCAGACAAGAGGACCCCAAAGACAUCCAGGACAUCUACGUCAUCUCCGUUCACACGAGACCCUGAAGGGCCCCAGGAUGCAGAGAAAAUCCAAGACGCAGAGGCUCCCAAAGGCUCUGAGAGCGCUCAAGAGUCUUCUCCAAGCCCAGAAGCAUCUCCAUCCGCAUCAACGCCGGCAGAGCUCAAAUAA